CAUGCGGAAUCCACAUUAUAAAAAGAAAACUACGCUUAGUCAAACUAUAGCUGGGAAUUUGUUCAAUGUAUGUUGUAGAUAGAGAAGAAACACGAUCGGUAUCCACAUCCAGAUACGAAACAAAGGACAUUGGAAUACUGAAUAUGUGCAUAUAGUGUGCAAUUUGUAUACAACUUGUUUACAUUGGCUCUUUGAUAUCUUUUUCAAAAUGGAGGGUGCCGUUGCAAACUUUUCAUUAAGACUGUACAACGUUUUGUCGGAGGGGAAUAACAAUUUGAUUCUCUCUCCGGACAGCGUGUCGGCCGCCAUAAUGUUAACCAUGCUGGGCACCAAAGGGGAAUCUGAGGCUCAAAUCAAACAGGUUUUGGGUCUUUCCGGAAUUUCCAAUCCACACAAGGCGUACAAGGAACUGCAUUCCACUCUGACGGGAAAAUCUAAAGAAGGAUCUAAGCUGGCCAUUGCGAACCGUAUAUUUUCCAAACUCGGAUUGGAUAUCAGAGAGGCCUACAAACAAAACUCUAUCGAGUUUUACAAUAGUGAGUUGGAACUGUUAAACUUUGUUGGAAAUCCGGAGGGUUCAAUAUCUAGAAUUAACACAUGGGUUGAAGAACAGACUAAUAAUAAAAUCAAGGAUCUGAUUCCACCAGGUGUGAUUAAUGAUCUGACCGUGACUGUACUGACAAAUGCUAUUCACUUUAAAGGCGAAUGGAUAAAGUCAUUUCAGUCAUCAAAAACCGAACGUGAAAAUUUUCACAUUUCUGAAACCGAAACAGAUAUGGUUGAUAUGAUGCAUAUGGAAGAGAAUGAAUGGCAAAUAACUGUUUCUGAGUCCCUCGACUGCAAGGUGUUGAAUCUUCCCUACAAAGGAAGGGAACUGAGUAUGCUUAUAUUCCUACCAAAUAAAAUAGAUGGGUUGUCUGAAGUAGAAUCACAUCUCUCUCCGGAAAUUCUUUAUGAAAUCACGCAAACAAUGUAUAACAAAGGUGUCAUUGUCUCUAUUCCAAAAUUUAAACUAGAGAGUUCGUUUGAGCUCAGUAAAGUUUUAACAGAAAUGGGUAUCGCCGACAUAUUUACUAAUAAAGCAGACUUUAGCGCCAUGAUGGAUAAUCCGCCAGAGGGCACUUCAGUAUCUGACGUCAUUCACAAAGCAUUCGUUGAAGUCAACGAAGAAGGGACGGAAGCAGCAGCAGUUAUGGUUCAUAUGAUUUCAACGUCCUGCGAUUCCGUCUCGGAUCUGCCAGUGAUAUUUAAAGCCGACCACCCCUUUCUAUUCCUUAUCAGAGAAGAUUCAACCGGAAGUGUGUUGUUCAUUGGUCGUUUUACUAAACCAACUUAAGAAAAUAGCUUCCAUUGGUACUUCAUUUUAACAUAAAACCAUUCUUGAUAAUAUUUAGUUGUAUUAAUCAGUGUUUUAAUUGUAAAGCCGUAAAUCUUAAACAAUUUAAACUAAUAAAAUAACCGUAUGAUAUCAAAAAUAUUUCCAUGAAGUCUACUUUAUAUUGCUGAAAGGGAAUAAACAUGACAGAAUGCAAA